CAAACGGGCGCACACGCGCGCUCCCCGCGGAACCCCGCCGGUCGCGCUGCGCUGUCCCGGAGGCGCUCCCGAGCCGCCCGGCCGCCAACAUGGCCGAGACGAGCGAGGAGGUGGCGGUGCUGGUGCAGCGGGUGGUGAAGGACAUCACCAACGCCUUCCGGAGGAACCCGCACAUAGAUGAAAUUGGCCUGAUCCCAUGUCCUGAAGCUAGGUAUAACCGGAGCCCCAUAGUCCUGGUUGAAAACAAACUUGGUGUGGAGAGCUGGUGUGUCAAGUUCCUUUUACCGUAUGUCCACAACAAGCUCAUUUUGUACAGAACAAGAAAGCAAUGGCUGAACAAAGAUGAAUUGAUAGAUGUCACACGCACCCUGCUGCUUCUAAACCCAGACUUUACCACGGCAUGGAACGUGAGAAAAGAGCUGAUCCUCUCUGGCACUUUAAAUCCAAUUAAGGAUUUACAUCUGGGAAAACUGGCCUUAACUAAGUUUCCAAAGAGUCCAGAAACAUGGAUUCACAGACGAUGGGUGCUACAGCAGCUACUUCAGGAAACCUCCUUGCCUUCCUUUGUGACCAAAGGAAACUUGGGAACAAUUCCUGCGGAAAGGACACAGCGACUAAUACGAGAAGAGAUGGAGGUCUGUGGUGAAGCGGCAGGGAGAUACCCAAGCAACUAUAAUGCCUGGUCCCAUCGCAUCUGGGUUUUACAACACCUGGCCAAGCUAGAUGUCAAGAUUCUUCUGGAUGAACUAUCUUCUACUAAACAUUGGGCAUCCAUGCACGUUUCAGACCACAGUGGAUUUCACUACCGCCAGUUUUUGCUAAAGUCUUUGACUAGCCAAACUGUGAAAGAUAGUUCUGUGUUGGAGCAAAACCCUUUAAGAAGUGAGCCAGCCCUACUUCUUCCACAAGAUGAAGCAGCAGCAGCUUCCACAGAGGAACCAAGGAUAAAUAUUCCCCAUCUUCUAGAGGAAGAAGUUGAAUUCACCACUGAUCUUAUUGAUUCCUACCCAGGACAUGAAACCCUUUGGUGUCAUAGGCGGCAUGUUUUCUACCUUCAGCAUCACUUAAGUGGUAGUUUUCCUCACAGUGUGACCCAAUUGUCAGCUGCAGACAGCCUUGUGGGGACUUCAAGUGACUUGCACCACAUCCCAACAGGCCCUCGCACAGCUCAGGCAAUGGAAGUGGAUGGAUUGAGUGACUCAAGCAAGCAAAGCUAUUCCCAGGAAACAAAACGCUUGAAGCGGACCCCAGCUCCACAUUCCGUAGGCCUGGAAAUGGAACAUAGGUUCAUCGAUCAAGUAUUGUCCACUUGCCGGAAUGUAGAGCAGGCCAGGUUUGCCAAUGCAUAUAGGAAAUGGCUGGGGACAUAUUCUGAAGAUAUUCUCUAUUUCCAAUGAAUUCCAUACUCCAUUAAACACACGCACACAUGAAAUAUGAAUAUGAGCUGCUCCUCUAAAAGUUCCUCUGGUGAUGGAAGCUGUCUUGCCCUGUGUAUGCAAAGAAUGUGAGUCAUAGUGGCAGAAACAAUUGUGGCCACCAUGUUUUGUCUGUUAUCCUUUUUUACUAGCUAGGUCACCCAUAGUGCAAAGAGAUGAUGUAGGGAAAGGCAGACCUCUCCUAUCACUGUUAGGGAAACUCUGGAAUUCAAUGAGACAUAUUGCUGUAAGGGAAAAGAAUAAGUUCUUUACUUGUGCAUCAUGAUUUUGUUGAGUGGCAAAAUGUUGAGACUUAAGAACACUAGAAAAAUUGUCCAGCCUGGUUCCUAUAGACAGAAGGUGCUCUUACCUCUUAGGGCAAAAUUAUCUUUUUGUUGUAGCUUUUACAGUAUUUUAGUGAGAAAAUAAUUGUCAUUAUGAACAUAAUUCCAUGGCCCUUUGUGUGCAAGGCAUAUUUUGAAUCAAAUACCUCAAGGAUAAAACCAUUAAUUUGUGAUCUUCAGCAUCUACAGGGAUUGAGGGGAAAUUACAAAAGAGAUGACAUGGGAGAUUCAGCCCAUUCCACUAAUACAUGUUGCCAAAUUCUGGCUUCACUCAGUAUUACCUUUUUUCUAAGCAUCAUUUUAAGUAGCCCAAUUAGUAGGGCUUCUUAAUGCUUUAAUGUUAGAGUGUUCAGGACAUGAAUAUAGACAAAAAACCUGUGAAACAUCAGCUAAAAUUUAUUAUGCUCCACAUUAAAAAAUACAUUUUUUUUAUUGAUUUCAGAGAGGAAAGGGAGAAGAGAGAGAUAGAAACAUCAAUGGUGAGAGAGAAUCAUUGAUUGGCUGCCUCCUGCAUAGGAUCCCCUACUAAGGAUUGAGCAAUGCAACCUAGGCAUGUGCCCUGACUGGGAACUGAACCAUGACCUCCUGGUUCUAAGGUUGGCAUUCAACCACUGAGCCACACUGGCCGGGCCACAAUUUUUAUACCUUUCAUAGACUAUCUUGCUCAUCUUGUUAACUGUCUUCAUCUGUGUUAAGUCUCUUAACUCACCCCUUUCUGAAGCCAUGCAGUCCUUUAAUAUCUUGGUCUCUUGUCUUCCUAAUAAAGUUUUAAGGAGGAGUGAAAAUACAAAUAUUCAGAGGGUACUGUUUGUAUGACUUUUUUGUGCUGUUUCUAAAAAUUUUAUUUUUAAGUGUUCAUUCUCAGAAAAACCUAGUAUUGUCCUAUAUGGUUGUAUUUUUUUUCCUAAAUGGUUGACACCUAAACUCACUAGCUGUAGCAUAAUAUCUCUGACUGAAUGAGCUCAUUCAGUGGAAAGGAUGUGUCUAUUUUUUGGGAUGUUAGUCUUCACUUACUUUCUAUAAAUAUGUCGUUGUUAAAAGAUGGUUUAGGUUGACACACAUUUCAUCAAACUUUUACUGUAAGAAUAGUACACCCUGUGGGUCAUGCAUACCACUGACAUGCAAGAAGCAGUAAGAUUGUCAAUAUCUUCACCACCACCACUAACCCACCCGUUAGUGCACCUGUUUUGAUAAUACGGUGUUUCCAAAUUCUACUUGCACAUUGUGAAGGUUUGUUAAAUAUGUAUUCAAUUAAUGAAUGACUAACUGAAGAGGGGAGAGAUUGAUCAUGAGUGACGGGCUGAGUUAUGAUUGAGAAAUUAAUGGAUUAAAGCAAUGGGCUGUGAAUGAAUGAUAUAUUCUAGCUUCAUGAUUCUUCAGUGGAGCUAUUGCUUAUUGAAUAAGUUAAUUUUAUACAGCUGCUUUGUUUAAGCUUGUUAAAUCCCAUCCAAGAAGUAUAGCUCUGUAAUUACCAAUUAAUUGUACUUUAAUACAUACUAAAAAUCACAGGACUAAUGAAGCCUGCUUGCAUUAAGAACACUAUUUUCUGUUACGAUGUUGCAGAAAAAUCUUACCAAUAUAGCUAGAGUCACUUAGGGGCAUCUGAAGAAAUUCUCUAAUUUUAGACUUGUUGAUCUGUACCAGUGAAUGGAGUCAUUUUGUACUUCUCCUUUCCCCUCCCAAACUUGAACUGUGGACCUUUUAGAUAUUUCUUAAACCUCUGUAAGUCAUUUUUUAAAUUUAAGGAUUUGAUACUUUGUGUUCCCUUUUUCUUUUCUAGGUUUUAGCAUUUUAUUACCUUUUUGGAAACUAUGGACACAGACUUUCAGUCAUAUUUCUUAUUCUUAUGGUACGGUUCUAAUUUUAAGUUAAAGGCUUCAUGAUUAAUAGGACUAAAUGUAUACAGAAUGUCACUAAAAGCCACUUAAAUCUUCAGAUAAGGGCUUAUGUAACAAGAUGUGGAAACAGAAGUUCUUGGAUUUGUAUGUGGCAUUUUGUAGGAAAGCAUAUAUAGGGGUAGACCUUGUGUCAUUUAGUAGAUAUAUUCAGGUCAUGUCAGCUCAUGCUUAUUGAGACACACACACACA